UCUCUUGUCAUUGUUGUGACUCUCUGUAUCAGCUAGCCGCUCACUGUCAACCGCUUCGUACCAAUGUUGACACUUUUCCAAGGAUUGAGCAAUGAGCAGUUGAACUGAAGGACAAAUAGUACAUUUAUUUAUAGCAUUUGCUAUGGAUGCAUCAGUUUCACUAAUCCUAUUUAUAGCAGGACCUUAAUUUUAUGACUGUCAACGCGGACACGUUAGAAUUAGCAAACAAGCUAAUGUCAACAUAGAUUAGCCAUCUGAAGGGGUUCCACUGUGGCUGAAGUAGGUGCACAUAUGGUCAGACCUGAUCAUUAACAUUAUUAUCUGUGACAAACGAAAGACGGCAAGUGAACCAUCACAAUGAGGAUUUUAAGGUUUCUUAGGAGCAGCGUGUCCAUAGGAAAGGACAUUGACUAUUACUCCAAAUUCUCACCUUCUCCUCUUUCUAUGAAGCAGUUUCUGGAUUUUGGCUCAGAGAAUGCAUGUGAGAAAACAUCCUUCACCUUCCUCAGGCAGGAGUUACCCGUGAGGUUGGCAAACAUCAUGAAAGAAAUCAAUCUGUUGCCAGACAACCUGCUGCGAACUCCAUCAGUGCGACUGGUCCAGAGCUGGUACAUGCAAAGUCUUCAGGAGAUUCUUGAGUUCAAAGAUAAAAAUGCAGAUGAUGAGAAAGUGACCUACGAUUUUACAGAUGCUGUAAUAAAAAUCCGAAAUCGACACAAUGAUGUGAUUCCCACCAUGGCUCAGGGAGUCGUCGAGUACAAGGAGACAUACGGCACAGACCCAGUCGUCAGCCAAAAUGUUCAGUAUUUUCUGGAUCGUUUCUACAUGAGCAGGAUAUCCAUCAGAAUGCUGCUGAACCAGCACACUCUUCUCUUCGGUGGGAAGGUGAAGGUGAAUCCAGCUCAUCCCAAACAGAUCGGCAGUAUCGAUCCACACUGUCGCGUUAGUGAUGUCGUCAGAGAUGCCUAUGAAAAUGCAAGAAAUCUUUGCGACCGGUAUUACAUGAACUCUCCUGAGCUGAUACUGGAGGAAUUCAAUGCAGUCAAAGAAAAGGAAAAACCUGUCACUGUGGUGUAUGUUCCUUCACAUUUGUACCACAUGGUGUUUGAACUUUUCAAGAACGCCAUGCGAGCCACCAUGGAGUUAUAUGGGGAUGCCAUGGAGUAUCCUGCCAUCCACGCACAGGUGGCUCUGGGAACUGAGGACCUGACCGUCAAAGUAAGUGAUCGUGGUGGAGGUGUACCGCUGCGCAAGAUUGACAGGCUGUUUACCUACACGUACUCGACAGCCCCCAGACCCAGCAUCGACCGGUCCCACGCUGCUCCUCUGGCUGGUUACGGGUAUGGAUUACCCAUCUCUCGGCUGUACGCUCGGUACUUUCAGGGAGACCUGAAGCUGUAUUCUCUGGAGGGUUAUGGGACUGAUGCUGUGAUCUACAUCCGGGCGCUCUCCACAGAGUCCAUCGAGCGUCUCCCUGUUUACAACAAGUCAGCGUGGAAACACUACAAGACCAUGCACGAGGCCGACGACUGGUGCGUCCCGAGCAAAGAGCCCAAAGACAUGACAACAUUUCGGAGUUUCUAGGUCCAAUCGGCUGCGAUAGUGACGCAAGAGUGUAAGAUUUAUGGUGUUAGGUUGUAAAUUAAUAAUGCGACAGGUGAGAGUGUGUGUGCAAUGGUUAUUAAGUAAGUAAGAUUUGUACAGAGAUGAAAAAAGACAGAACCUCCAGUAUUAAAUAAAUAAUGUCUCUAUUUAUCCUUAACGAUUUUCACCACUAGUGGAAAUAAUCAUAACUAACCAGGUCAUUGUUUACUGCAAAGAUGUACGAAUGGGAGACAAAUUAAAGGAAAACAUCACUAUAAAGAGCUUUGUUUGACAGAUCUGUGAAUUAAAACACCCUCGUGUUUGUCUAAAAUCUCCCAUAGAUGUUCAGGCUGUUAAGAUUGGGUGACUUAAGAACAUGUCAUUUGAUUCUCCUCACUUCAUUUCAUCGUCGUCAUCAGGUUUUCCUUUAAUUUGUCACCCAUCUAUAGGUGUUUAUGUACAGCCAUAAAGCUUUACUGCACUUAAGCCUCAUAUAUGGUCAACAUUUCAUCCAUCACACGGCACCAUCAUUGCUGAUCAGAUAGAAAAGUAGAAAUCAGAUCAGUGGAGGAAACGUCAGAUAAUAACAAGUAUAAC